AUGCCAUUUACAUAUCCUCCUCUUCCCGCAACUGAUGGUCUGCGUAUUCUGACCUUGCAGCCCACCUCGUCUGGCUUUCUUUCUAGACUCACAGGCAGUCUCACAGCCGUGGCCUUUUCGUCCAAGCCAAAGUACAUUGCGCUCUCUUACACCUGGGCCGAUCCGGAUGAGGCGCACGAAAAGCUCCCGCUCCCUCGGGAUUCCACAAACCUGACCGCUUAUACCAAGUCCCUGGUUGACAACACUGCCCAUCCCGGGGUCAUCAUGCUCAACAAUGAGCCCUUUCCCAUCGGACACAACCUCACCCUGGCGCUGCACCAUGUCCGCUCCGACACCGAACCUGUGCACAUCUGGGUCGACCAGAUCUGCAUCGACCAGGCCUCCAUCCCGGAGCGCAACGCCCAGGUGGCGCUGAUGGCGUUCAUCUUCACCCGGGCGGCUGCCGUCGUGGGCUGGCUGGGCGUGGAAGCCAGGCCGCCUUCGGGCGUGGAGCUGCCCGACUACAUGGCGCUCAGGUGGGAGUCUGGCCGCGGCAAGCAGCUGGCCAAGCUAGCUCUGCCGGUCCCGGCCAAGGGGAGGAAGGCAGUCCCCUGGAAGCUGCAGUACAGUAACAGCUCGACGGGGGUGAGCUUCAAGCGCGACAAUCCGUACUGGCAGCGCCUGUGGAUCGUGCAGGAGGUCUGUCUGCCGCGCACGGUGGUAUUUUUGCAUGGGGGCUACCUGUGGUCUCAGGGGCAGGUCAGAGAUUCGUUGAAGAUCGGGAGUUCCGCCGGCAGGGUUGCAGAGAAUGCGAUACCCGUAGACACGCUGCUGAGCACUAGAGAUGAACGAUUCAGCGAAGCGAUGAGCUUGGAGAUCUUGGUUGAGAAGUUCGCCGACUGCGGCUGUUCUGACCUGCGAGACAAGCUCUAUGGGCUCCUUGGCCUGGCGAACGACGUCGAGUCAGCUCCCGCGUCUGCGGUGGUGUCCCAAGCCGCUGCCAACGGUCAGGCCGAGAAGAAAGGGAGAGGGACGAUUGUUAUAGACUACAACCGGAGUUUCUGGGAUAUAUUCUGCGAUAUCAUGACGUUCAUGUCUACGUGGUCGAAGCCACACUUCGAUCCAUGUCCUUCCUGUCCAGACCAGACUGAUGAAGAGCGCUGGAUCCGUACUGUUCGCUUUGCUGGCGUUGUGCAGAACGCUCUCCAGGGGAAAGUUGAAGAGGAUGCGCGCAAUGCAGAUUCUGAUGGCGAGAGACUCUUUGCCACGGCGAAGGGCUACAUUGCCGGAAAGAUUCAACACAUUGGUCCAAAGUACUCCAAGUUCAUAAGUUCAUAUGCGGAGGAGCAAGCGUGGGUUAGCAGUUGGCAUGAAUACUACUCGUCUGCGGACGACUUGCUCAACCUGCGUAAGAUGGAAGAUGCGUAUGCUGCCAAAAUCAUCGACUAUUCUGAACACGACCUCGCACAUAUUCGCGGGUAUGCCCGGUCCAGAGCCGUGGUGUGGCAUGCGGCCAGAUCAAAACACUGUCACAAUUAUGACUCCGAGAUGAAUAUUCUGCAGAAGCCCGGGGAGGACCCGGUCCGGUUCCUAGGCACCGAGCAUUGCAUGGGACUUGCUCCGCCAAAUGCAGAGCCCGGCGAUUUAGUUAUUCGGUUUUGGAACUGUGAUGCUGCGAUCAUUGUCCGUCAGCAAAACGCACAAGCUACCAAAGAGGUGAGGCGGCUGUAUUGCCUAGUCGGCAGAGCCGACAUUGCUGAGCCUUGGGAUCGCGAGGUUGGCCCAGAUGUAGUCGGAAGGGAUUAUAUGGCAAUUCAUGAGGAUGAAUCGACUUUGACUUUCCAUGACUGUAGUUCCUUUCAUGUUGCAACCGACAAGGCUGUCUAUGUGAAAAUGGAUUAUGAGACGCUGCAAAAGAUUACGGCAGAUAUCUGUACCUGA